UAUCCUUAUACCUCUAUGCGCUGAACUCCGCGCGUUUCUCUCCACGCAUUCGUACUUAUAUUACCCUGGAUUUUCAUCGUUAUAUUCACUUAUUGAUGUUUAUUGAACAAUGGCAGCCGCCGUUCUCGGUCGCGUGCUCGUGUACGGGGGCAAAGGAGCCCUCGGCUCUACUUGCGUCACUCAAUUCAAAUCGAAAAACUGGUGGGUUGGGUCCAUCGACAUGAGAGAGAAUGACCUCGCAGACGUCAACGUUAUCGUCCCAUCCAAUGCAACAUGGGAAGAACAGGAAAACCAGAUCUUGUCGCAAAUUAAAGAAGUUCUGAAAGGGGAGAAGCUGGACGGUGUUAUUUGCGUGGCAGGUGGCUGGGCCGGUGGUAAUGCAGCAAGCAAAGAUUAUGUCAAAAAUAGUGAUCUGAUGUGGAAGCAAAGCGUCUGGAGUUCAGUAAUUGCCUCUAGUAUUGCUGCCCACCAUUUGAAACAGGGAGGUUUCCUAACACUGACUGGUGCCAAGCCUGCAAUUGAGGGAACACCUGGUAUGAUUGGGUACGGAAUGGCCAAGGCGGCUGUUCACCAAUUGACAAAGUCAUUGGCUAAUGAAGGAAGCGGUCUUCCUAAGGAUUCUCUUGUUGCCACAAUUUUACCCGUCACACUAGAUACUCCUAUGAACAGGAAGUGGAUGCCAGAUGCUGAUACGUCAACGUGGACGCCAUUGGAAUUUGUAGCAGGGCUAUUUUUCAAAUGGGGUCAAAAUCAGGACAGACCGUCAAAUGGAAGCCUUUUGCAGCUGAUCACUAAAAAUAAUCAGACGGAAUUAAUAACUGUCUAAGAUUGGAAACAACCAAGCUGUCGAAGAUGAAAUACGAACUACCAUGACAAUACUGCAAUUCUGUGAACAUAUUUGUAGGCAUAAGUCGAUUUUGAACGUGGACCAAUUUUAUUUUUAGUCGGCCCUCAACACGAAUCCGAUGUAGAAAUUGUACAGCUUUAAGCAUUUUUUUUUAAAUUUGCUGCAUAUUUUGCGUCUCGAAAGGUAAUAUACUUUUGCUCGUUCCAAACGGUGCUUCUAAUAAUUGAUACAGAUAUAUGUAAAGCAAAUAAAUUGAUCGAUUCGAUUUAUUUCUUAACCGUUUUUCGUCCGUACCUUGCAUUGAAUUUACAUGACUUUAUAAUUUACGCCCGAUUUGAUGGUAAAUCCUUCUUUGGUAAUCUGAUGGUAAAUCCGGACUUUGAGUCCGUUCGGCGGUGAGUUGCUUCUCUUCGGUUCUUGAGCUUGAACCCGCUCACCUUGGCCGCAGUUAUCGCAGCAGCAAAGAUGACAGUAAGCAUUAUCAUCGUCAUCGUCAUCAUCAUCAUCAUCGUUAUUAUUUCAGCUCGAAACGAAUUUGAAAACAAGAAGUUCAAAAGCUGCCUCAUGGUCAGCCCAAGUCCGCUUGUUAACAAAUGGGGAUACUUCAAAAUUCUAGGGAAAUCGAUUGAGUGGAACGUCAGAAUACAAUGCGAUAACUUAAAGUAUGUACUUUGGAGCAAAAUUUUUUAUAUAUUCAAGCUCUUAAAAUUUUCAUACAUUAUUAUUUAUUUACAAAUACAUGUGAUUGAAAACAUUAUAAGUUAUAUACACGGUUCGUUGAUUUUUGCUCGUGUUUUGUACCUAUAUUAGAUUCAGGAGGAAUCGCAUUUUAAAGUAGAGUAUACGCACUUGAAUAGGAAUGAACGUGUAACUACAAUUAUGAUCAUUUGCAAUGUAUUUGGUAAAUAACAUGUACAGGCCAAAGUACUGGGAUCCCUGACUAUCGUUCAAACGGAUGCAUUUAUCGAAAUAAUAUGUGGAGGAUCUAAUGUAUGGGACUAAAUAGGUACGAUUUAGAAGGAUGGGUAAUUCGCUCCACAUCCAGGGGGGAUGGAUGUGGAAGGUGAGAUGAAAAUCUUGAACUACUCAGGGACAAAUGAUGAUUAGUUUAAAAGAUCUUUUCGAACAGCGUGUCUUCACCAAAUUUCAGCCUAAUUGAUGCAGUCAAUCCCCUACUGAAAAUUUUCACUCUAUUCCACUCAUCCAUCCCCCUAAGUGUGUGGAGGAAUUGCACACCCUUCUAAAAUGUUCAUUUUUGGAUCCGAUACGUUUUAUCUAAAUUUCAUUUCGAUAUCUACACCUUUUCAAAAAUUAGUCAGGAGUUCUAGUACUUUUGGUGCACCCUGUUACACAUAUAUAUGGCGUAUUCCGUGUCAAACCGAACGUUCGGUUUCUCUGACCCCUUUUAAUCUGAUUGCCCUUUCACACAAUCAAAGUACAUAUUGAAAGGAUGAACUUUGAAUUUUUUCAAAUUUUUUCGACACAUGAUUUAUUCACAACUCAUCCAAUAAAUUGUUUUCAACAAUGUUUUGAUUUUUCCUGGAUAACAUAUGAAAAAAGUUCCUUGACAAAAAUUUCAGGUUCUCUUGUGAACUUCUCGAGAGUAUUUUUUUCGGAUUUUUCAUACCCCGUUUCCGUGUAGUUUUGUUACAAAAUGCGUGCAAAUAAUUCGUAAGUGAAAAGUGCCGUAAUCAAAUGGGCCUCAAUUUAUACACAACAUGCCUUCUUCGAUGCGAAAGGUUGGCUGAAAAUUUCACAGUGGGCGGUUCAGUGGUUCAGAAGAUAUAUCAACGAAUAUUCACCAAGUGGCAAGAAUUCGGUUCAAACUUCGCGGCGCGGCAAGUUAUUUGCUUACCCUGCGCGUGGCGCUGCUGCGCACUCGAGCGUGAUCUUCAAUUGUUACGCGUGUUGUUUAUAACAGUUGACGAUUUUUUCUUGAGGAGCAUACUUCAGUCCGUCAUUUAUUACGAUUCCUGACACGAUACGUGAGGCCGGAGAAUAUUUUUGAAGAGUAUUCAUCCAAGGUAAAAAUUCAACGAUGUGUUGCGUAUCGUAAUACCGACUGUAUAACUUUUACCGUUCAUACCGCUACAUUACAGUACGUAUGAAUGACAAACUUCACAGUUCCAUGUAAACUGUUACUUGUAAGUAACUUUUGAACUACUUUUCCGCCCACUACGAAACUUACAGACAAUC